CAAGCCUGCACGGCAACAGCAAGCCAAUUCGCGAUUCGCCUAAUUGGACGCUUGGUCUUGAGAUGCAGCAGACUGCGGCUGGCGGUUGGUGGUUCGAGAUUGAGGAUGCGGCUGUGUCCCUUCAGGCUGCGCCGAGCUGCUCUGUCCAUGACCCAGCCUAAUUAAUGGCCGGUCUGCGAAUGUUGCCAGCCUGCGAGAUGUUUCACGCACGAGUGGGAAUUCAUCGAGUUCGUCAGCCUGAUCGUGAGGCGAGAUGCUCACCGUCGCCCGGCCUCAGGAUGAGAUAACUGCCUGGUGGUACUCCGGCAGGAGUUCAAGUUCUGCCACAAUAGCUGCGGACGCAUACGCAAGAGCCGUCGAGUACUUCGAAAGAGAACUUGCUGAGACACAGAGCGAAAGAGCAUGGAUUCGCGGAGUGACAUCGCUUGAAGACGUCAAAAAAAUUGUCGAGCAGGCGCGGGAUUCCUAUGAGGAUCGAUCGGAACAUCAUGCCAGGGCCAAGAGAUGGAUUGAUACCUUUGCAGCGAACAUGGGCCGUUAUGGCGCCGUGCUGGACAUUCUCGCCAACGCUGACCCUCUGCAUGCCGGGCUUGCUUGGGGGGCUAUCAAAUUUGUCUUUGCUGGCGUGUCGACCUAUUCGCAGCACGCGGCAGAGCUCGCAAAGGCUCUCGCCCAGAUAGGCGACGUUCUCCCGCGCAUUCGCGUAGAGCUAGCACUCUACACAACCACCCAGAUGACAGAAGCCGUCGCCCAGUUGUACGCCCAUAUCCUGCUCUUCCUCCAGAGAGCCGUUACGUGGUACAAUGCGAACCGCACCAGGCGCGUCUUGAAGGCUGUCUUCCGACCUUCCCAGCUCUCGUUCCAAGAAACCGUGGCAGACAUCGGACUCUGUACCAAGAAUGUGGAGAUGAUUGCGAACACUGCGGGCCGCGCCGAGAUCCGUGGCCAGUCGUUCGCCUUGGAGGAACAAACUAUCCGUCAACGACAGAUAGAGCAGCGACUCUUGGAGAUGCAAGCACGGCUGGAAGAGGUGUCCAUUUCAAGUCGGCAGCACGAUCAAAGGUUGCAACGGCUGAUCCAGCAUACCCUGAACAGUCACGAUCUCUUGAAAUCCAUCAAGUUCGAUACUGGUGAUUCGAGGCCCGUUCUCACUAGCUUGCAGGUUUCCCAAAUCAUCCAAGCUCUACGACCCGCUGCGCUGCCUGAGGAUGUUCUUCGGGUUUCUCAAUCUUUCUCAAGACGGCGAAUCUCUUGGCAGCAGAAUGACCGAGCCACGAUGAUGAUGAUCAAGCGUUUGAAAGAAUGGACCUGGUUUCCUCGGUCCUCCAUGUUUACCGUCAAAACCGCACCACCAGCAUUGCAACGUACUCUGGAUAUGGUUGUGGAGGUGACGACGCUGCUCAAAUCAACACCAUAUCCUAUAUUCUGGUGUAUUUCAAACCCCGGUGAUCGCAAAAGAGCUACAGCUGUCAGUGACAUCCUCCGCAGUUUGAUUUUUCAAGCUCUCCGGCAAGACCCUUCGAUUCCUUCACGAGAUGCUCAGCUCGGCGAUAUCUCCUCCUACGAGCGCCCGCACAGCUUGGAUGAAUGGGUUAGCAUGGCAACACUUGUUCUCUCAAAAAUACCGCGAAGUUUCGUCCUCGUCGCCACUGAAGAUUUAUGUCGGGGGACAAGAAAUAGUUCAGAGGUGCAACAGCAACUUUACGCAGCCUUGACAGCGGUGUUCGAGGGUGUAUCGCAAAACGGUUGUGUAUUGAAGCUUCUGCUAGUCACUUCGAGCAGCUCCAGGGUUCCAACCUGUCAGUCCCGGGACUAUACUCAAAUCGUGGAGACUAUGAGCUCUCCUGUGCCUGUAGCUAGGCGCUUGCCACUUGCCCGGGCACAGAACGCUGCUCUAGGACGUGCAAGAUCCAUUAUCCGAUCUAGGUAACCAAAGCUAACUGCAGGUACUCCUGGGUUGAUUGACGCUCCGCAAGUUGUUGGUUGUGGGCAUGGACAGAGCUUGACCCGUUCCUUCUGAUACACGGAUAAUGCAAUUUUGAAACCUUCAGGCUGAUUCCUUGUGAAACGCUGAAAGGGAGGUGAUUGUUCCUGAAGGGUCAUUUUUUGAUUUACCUGAAUAAGUGCGCUUCUUAAUAUCAG